AUGGUUACUAAGAGUGGCUUCGGCAAGACUUCCAAGCGGGUUCCCGUCCGCCUUAGACAUAAGAUCGAAAAGUCUGCCGUUCAGAAGCAGAGAAAGCAAAGAAAGCUCGCAAAAAAGAACCCCGAAUGGCGGUCAAAGAUCAAGAAGGACCCGGGCAUUCCCAAUCUUUUCCCCAACAAGGAUAAGCUCCUCCAUGACAUCGAAGAGCGGAAGCGCAUGAAGGCCGAGGAGCAACAGCGUAUUCGCGAGGAGGCACGAGCCCGCAAGGCUGAAGGCCUGCCCGCGAAGGCUGGCACUGAGGCUGUUGAUAUCGACGAGAACGACAUGAUGGAUGAUGAUAUGGAUGCCGAGGGCAACGAUUCGAAUCCGAUGGCUGCUCUUCUCGCGUCAGCACGCGCCCGUGCCGUGGAGUAUGACGAUAACCAAAGCGAGGACGAGGACAUGGAGGAAGAUGAAGACGACGACGAUGAGAUGGACGAGGAUGAUGAGGAGGGCGGCGCAACUAUUGAUGAAUCUGCCCCGCCAUUGGUCAAUUCAAAGUCUUACUCAAAGGAGAGCUCACGACGCCAAUUCGACAAGGUGUUCAAGCAGGUCACCGACAACGCCGAUGUCGUGCUUUACGUGCUCGAUGCCCGUGACCCCGAGGGCACCCGCUCUAAGGAUAUUGAGCGCGAAAUUAUGAUGGCAGAUGGUGGCAAUAAGCGGUUGAUUCUUAUUCUGAACAAGAUCGAUCUGGUUCCACCCCCAGUGCUCAAGGGCUGGUUGCUUCACUUGCGCCGCUCCUUCCCCACUCUCCCCCUUAAGGCAUCCAGCGGUACCACUGCCAACGCACACAGCUUCGACCACAAGCAGUUGACAGUCAAGGGUACUUCGGAUACGCUCUUCCGUGCCCUCAAGUCAUACGCUGGCGCCAAGCAGUUGAAGCGAGCCAUCUCUGUCGGUGUCAUUGGAUACCCCAAUGUGGGCAAGUCGUCCGUUAUCAACGCACUCACUGCACGUCUGAACAAGGGCUCGAGCAACGCAUGCCCGACAGGCGCCGAGGCUGGCGUCACCACUAGCCUGCGCCAGGUCAAGCUGGACAGCAAGCUCAAGCUGAUUGACUCGCCUGGAAUCGUCUUCCCCAGCUCCAGUGAUAAGUCUGGCAAGAAGAACAAGAAGCAAGAAGAGCAGGCGCGUCUGAUUCUCCUCAACGCUGUACCACCCAAGCAGAUCGAGGAUCCCAUUCCCGCAGUCAACCUCCUGAUGAAGCGUCUAUCCUCAUCGGAGAACCUCCUCGCCAAGAUGCUCGAGUUGUACGGCAUCACCGCACUCUUCCCCACAAAUGGCGACAAGACCACCGACUUCUUGGUCCAGGUGGCCCGCAAGCGCGGCCGUCUCGGGAAGCGUGGUGUGCCCAACAUCGAGAGCGCUGCUAUGACCGUUAUCAACGACUGGAGAGAUGGCCGCAUCCAAGGCUGGGCCAAUGCACCCGUGCUUCCUGUGGUCUCGGCGGAUGCUCCUGCCGGCAAUGUUGAGGCUGGCGUCGACACGACAAAGGUCGCGGUCGUCACCGAGUGGGCCAAGGAGUUCAGUAUCGAGGGUCUCUGGGGCAACGGACAAGGUGAUGACGAGGAGAUGGCCGAGUAA